AUGGACAUGCCCGUUCAGCCAGAGGAGGACCCAGGCCCUUCCUAUACUCGAACAUCACUAGAGAUCGAAGCGGGGAGCCCAGAACCAGAGUCAGACUCGGACUCGGACUUGAAUUCAUUCUCAGGCUUAGAUGGAGAGGAAUCAAUAAAAUCAACCCACUCGUGUACAUACCAAAACCUCCCCAACAUCGAGGAAAAUAACCGCCGAUACUGCGACACAACCUACUUCAUGCCAAACGACGAAACAGAACUAACUCGCCUCAACAUCGUUCACCAAAUCUAUCUCAUCCUCCUAGAAGGUCGUCUCACUUUAACACCAUUCACCACCGACUCACCCCGCAUCCUGGAUAUCGGCACCGGUCCAGGCGACUGGGCAAUCGAAAUGAGCGCCGAAUACCCAAAUGCCACCAUCAUCGCCUCCGACCUCGGCAUCUUUGACUCGGGAAUCGCACACGUCUCCAUCCCAAACGUCGACUUUCAACUUGCAGACGCUCAAUCUUCAUGGACAUACCAAGAACCUUUUGAUCUAAUUCAUAUCCGCGGUCUAUCAGGUGCGUUCAAGGAUUGGCGUGGUAUCUAUCAACAAGCAUUCACCCACCUGAAACCAGGCGGGUAUAUUGAAAUCGCAGAUACAGAUCCUGCAGGAGAUACAGUUACUACGGAGGGGAAUACACCAAACUUGCAGAUCUACGCCUCUGCUCUCCGUACUACCGGUGAAAUAUCGGGAUAUCCACGAAAUCUUCACCACCUCCGGAGAGAAACACUCCUAGCAGCAGGAUUCAGUGAUAUCAAUGUCCUUGAACAGUGUUUUCCUAUAGGUCUCUCGGAUGAUCCGUAUGAGAAGACCCUUGGGAAAAUGGCACUUAUUGCGUUGUUGGAGGGAUUGGAAGCGCAUGCGUUGAGACCGCUUACGAAGUUCGCUGGGUUCACAUUUGAUGCUGCGAGAGAACUGUGUGGGAAGGUCCAGGAGGAGAUUCUUGCUACUGGGAAGAUUACGGGGAGGGUGCGGAUUGCUACGGCGAAGAAGCCGAUUUCGUUUGAGCAGCGCAGAGAUGAUGUGCUGGCUAGGGCUAUGGCUAGAGUUAGAGAUCUGAGUAAGGGAUGA